AGAACCAGCGUGGCCCGUUCAAGGUGGAGGGCACAGGCGCGCCAAGGAGCAGAGCCGCGGGAAGCAACUCCCUAAGCCACAAUGUUAGUCGCGAACACAGGAAAAAGCUCGUCUCGCCGCCGCGGGACCCCAAUCUCCCGACCGCAAUGAAUAUACCUGAGAGAGCAACGGCCGCGGCGCGGAAUUCUGGGAGUUGUUCGUUGCGCGGAGCGCGGGCACGUCCGCCGGCCACCGGAAGCAGCGCCAUUGCCCGGUGCGUGCAGGUGGCAGCCCAGAGCCUCCUGGUACAGCGGCACCAGGUGGCGCCUAUUGGACCCCAGAGGUCAUCCCAGCUCCAGACGUGGACACAUUUUCUUCCAAUGAUGUCUACAGAUGAGGAAACUGAGGCCUGGAGAGGUUAAAGAGGCCCGUUCAGAGUCCUACAGCAGCAGACUGGUCUCUUGAGGACCUCUGCCCUCUACACAGCAGCCUCUUCAGGUGCAGGGAGGAAAUGGAAGCACGUUCUAAGCUGGUUCCGCCCCAGGCAUCUGUGUGCUUCGAGGACGUGGCUAUGGCAUUCACACAGGAGGAGUGGGAACAACUGGACCUGGCCCAGAGGACACUGUACCGAGAGGUGACACUGGAGACCUGGGAGCAUAUUGUCUCCCUGGGGCUUUUCCUUUCCAAAUCUGAUGUGAUCUCUCAGCUGGAGCAAGAAGAGGACCUGUGCAGGGCAGAGCAGGUGGCCCCCCGAGGUAAGAGCAGACCUUGUGGUGAGCAACUCACAGUUAACAAACUUGGACAGAGAGCUCUCCGCAGGGCCCCAGGGGCCAAAGAGGGAGCCUUGUUUAGAGGAAGCUUCCUUGGGUGCUCUCUGCAGCAGUUCCCCCAUUCAAAGGAGUUCACCCAUUCGAAGUGUGCAGUUCAU